AUGAAGGCCACUCUCAUCCUAGGCAUAAUUGUGUCCCAGCUAUCUUUUGGAAAAGGCGAAUGCCUCCCACAAGUGGAUUUGGGUUAUGAGAUCCAUGAGGCACUCAAACAUAACGAAACAACCGAUCUGUACACCUUUAGCAACAUUCGCUAUGCCCAGCCUCCUGUCGGUGACCUGCGCUUCUCUGCUCCAAAGCCACCAACAGGCCGAAACUAUGUGGUGCAAAAGGGCAAUGGGUCAAUAAUGAUGUGCCCUCAGGGGUCGCCAGGUUGGGGCAGUGCGAAUUCGGAUUUCGGUCAUGCGUUUAUAAAUGGGAACCUGUCUGAUUACAAUUACACGGCGGAGCAUGCAGCAGAAGAUUGCCUGUUUCUCGACGUUGUUGUUCCUCGUGCUGUGUUUGAGCGCCGAAACUCGAAGGCUAAGAAAGCCCCUGUAUUGGUCUGGAUGCAUGGAGGCGGCUACAUAUUUGGCUACAAGAAUGAUGUCGAUGAUGCCACUGACCCGGCUGGUCUUAUCAAUGCAAGCCGAAGCGAUGGCUCAGGCGGCUUCAUCUAUGUAUCUUUAAACUAUCGGCUUGGGGCUUUUGGUUGGCUAGCUGGGCCGUCUCUUGAAGCUGCAAAUGGCACCGCAAAUGCCGGCCUCCAUGACCAACAUCUUGCUCUCCAGUGGGUGCAGAAGAACAUUCAUCUCUUUGGAGGAGAUCCGAAGAAGGUGACUCUUAGCGGCCUUUCAGCCGGUGGUGGCAGUACAGUUCAUCAUAUCACAGCAUACGGUGGUAAGAAAGGACCACCUCCCUUUGCCAGGGCCUUUAUCAACUCUCUUGGGUACUUUCCCAUUGGCUCCAACUUCCAAGCCGAAAACAUCACGCAAUACUUCCUCAAGUUUCUCAAUGCGAGCACAAUCGAACAAGCUCGUAAGCUCCCAGCCAGAGCUUUGAUGGAGGCAAACGUUGCGCACACAUCCAGCGUUGAGACCAACUUUAUCUACGGACCCGCGGUUGAUGGAGACUUUGUGCCUGCUUUGCCAGGCUUAUUGCUCCUUUCUGGAAAUUUUCACAAAAAUGUCGAUUUACUGCUCAGCCAUACACGAUAUGAAGGCGGCGAGUAUUCACAGCCUUUUGUGCAGACCGAUGAUGACUUCAAAUCCUUGCUUCAUCAGCUCUACCCAGGGAUCGUGGAUGAAGUUGCCGAUUAUAUCAUCAAAGAUCUCUAUCCUGGGAAAGGUGCAACAUACAACAUGCAAUUCAACAUCAGCCCCCCUUUCCAUGCGUACGACGAAUCGUACAUCUGGAAGGGAUACGGGAGAAAUAAUUUCGGAGCUCCUGUAAUUGAGUCACUGGCAACGACAUGGCAAGGAUAUAUCACCAACUUUAUCAAGACUGGCAAUCCGAAUGGCCGUGGCCUGCCGCCAUUCCCUCAGCAGGGACAGAAUGCGAGUGCCAAUAUCUUGACCCCAGAAGGUAUCAUCACUGGACAAGAUUCCACCGUCGGACAUAGAUGUGAGUGGCUACAGAAGGGCCUUUUUGUUUGA